AUGCACAUCUACCGCCGUCAAGCCAGGAAUCUGGCCUGGUACGACCAGGAAGGCGAGCCAUCGAACCACAAUCCCUUCAAAAAGUUCAGAGCACGGCCGCGACGGUCCAAUUCCUAUCAGAUGGAGAGCGGACUCGCUCCCGUCCGCACGGCGGGGGAGGUGCGCAUGUCGGAGGAAAGACGGCGACGGAGGGACAUGACCGAAGGCCUGGCCGGUCCAGAGCACGCAGAUACCUUCCCGCCAGAGUCGUCAGGAACCGACGGUCUUCACCGAGCAGAAAGUGCAGAGAAAUCGGAGCCCGAACCAUCGAUGCGCAGCCACGAACCCAUCAACGUCUCCAACCAAGAAGGGCAGGACGAGACCCCUGAAGGAAAACCUCGGAAGAGAAAGACCUUUAUGAGCGGCUAUGGGAGUCGGUCUGAGGAUGGGGAUGCCCUAUCUUCAAUGGAGGAGGGGAAGGACGUGCCUGACAAGCAAAAGUUUACCGCCGUUGGCCAGCUCAAAGCGACCCUUUUUAACUCUUGGAUAAACCUCCUCUUGAUUGCGGCGCCAGUUGGAAUUGCGCUGAAUUACGUCGACGUCGAUCCGGUGGCCGUCUUUGUAGUGAACUUUAUUGCUAUUAUACCUCUUGCGGCCCUGUUGAGUUAUGCCACGGAAGAAAUCGCCAUACGGACUGGUGAAACGAUUGGGGGUCUGCUGAAUGCAUCAUUCGGUAAUGCGGUCGAGUUGAUCGUCGCCAUUAUCGCCUUGGUCGAUAAGGAGGUUCUUAUUGUUCAAACAUCACUUAUAGGCAGUAUGCUGUCGAAUCUGCUGCUGGUCAUGGGCAUGUGUUUCUUUUUCGGCGGUGUCAACCGCCUCGAGCAACACUUCAACCCGGUUGUCGCGCAGACAGCAGCCAGUCUUUUGGCACUGGCGGUGGCCAGUCUGAUUAUUCCUACCGCGUUCCACGCGUGGUCUGGCGCCGGAACCGUGGGAAUCGCCCCGUUGUCGCGAGGCACCAGUAUCAUCUUGCUCUUCGUCUACGGAUGCUACCUCUUCUUCCAGCUCAAGUCGCACACUGAGAUCUACAACCGGCCCAGCCCCAAGGUCGAGAAGCGACGCCAAAAGGUGUCGGAAGGUGACGCCAGUCGCGGCCUGGCCCAGAUUGGCAAGAUGACGGCCACCAUGGGCGGUCAGAACGCGCAGCAGAUGAAAAUCCACGAGGAGGACGACGAGGAACAGCCGCAGCUCAGCAUCUGGGUUGCCGUCCUGACGCUGGCCAUCUCCACCACCUUUGUCGCAUUGUGCGCCGAAUUUAUGGUUGGUUCCAUUGACGCCCUUACGGAACGCGGCGGCAUCUCGAAGACAUUCGUCGGACUGAUCCUGCUUCCUAUCGUGGGUAAUGCGGCCGAGCACGCCACCGCGGUGACGGUGGCGUGCAAGGACAAGAUGGAUCUGGCUAUCGGCGUGGCCGUGGGGUCAAGCAUGCAGAUUGCUCUGCUGGUUCUACCGUUGAUUAUUGUGAUUGGAUGGAUUAUGGGACUCGAGAAUAUGACCUUGUAUUUCGAUGCGUUCCAAGUAAUCCUGCUCUUCGUCUCUGUCUUACUGGUGAACUAUCUCAUUGCCGAUGGCAAAUCGCACUGGCUCGAGGGUGUGCUGCUGAUGAUGAUGUAUUUGAUUAUCGCCGUGGCUGCAUGGUUCUAUCCCAACAAGACCGAGCAAGCUGCUUAA